AUGAACACACUCAGAAUAGCGCUAACCAUUGAGGAUCUCAUCAGGGAACUGGAGAUAAUCGAUCCGACAGAAACCAGCGUCGGAACGUGGAGCACCCCUGAAGGAGACAUGCGAGUGUCCAUCAUUCACGAGUCUGGGCAUGUCUACGCGAUCCCCGGGGAUGACGAGGAAGAUGGGGACCCGUCACUCCUGUUCCGCCUACCGGUGGAGAGGAUGGGAAUAGAGGCAGCGAUCCAGGCCGUGGAAAAACACCUGGGGUCGGUCCGCCUGCCGCACAUGCGGGAGUGUGACAUGCUGGGUUGCCGGAACCCCGUCCCGGAGGACCAGGGAAAGAGUGUGGCUCCCGGAACUUAUCUGGCCGUCUGCGACUACUGUGCACCAAUCGUGGCAACCGUCAGAUGA